AGGCCGCAGCCCGCAGCCCGCCCCGUGGCAGCGCCCCCCGGCUCCGGGGCGGCCGGGCCCCCUCGGGUGACCUUGGCCCAGCCCCGCCGUGGAGGCACCGGUGGGGCCUUGUCCCGGCUCCCCCCUGCCCGCGGGCGGCGGCGCUGCGGGAGCCGUGGGCAGACCCCGGCGGGGCCGCAGGCCUCGGCCUCCCUGCCGGCCCCGGGAGCCGCAGCACCGGGCAGCCGCGGGCAGCCGGAGCCCCCCCCACCCGGCCGGCGAAGGGCGGCAGAGCCGGCGGGUCCGUCCCUCGUCCCGGGCAGCGGCGGGAGCCCAGGGCCGGCGGCGGCCUGUCCUGCCGCCAUGGCACCGGUCAGCGGCGGCCGGGCCCGAGUGUCCGGCAGGUGCCUCCGCGCCACGGCCCGGGCGGGAUGUGGGGGCACAGCCCGUGUCCGCCGGGGGAGCGGCCGCGCCGCGGGCCGGAGGGGGCCGGUCCCGCAGCGGCUGGCGUGGCGGUGGCCGCGGCGGUGGCCAGGGCUCGGGCUGACUCACCGCCCUGGCACUUCCUCCCCGGCGGCGGCGGGAAGGGGCGGGAGAGGCGGAGGAGGCCCCCGGCACCGGGGAGGCGGAAGGGCCCGGCCCCUUCCCAGCACCACCUCGGGAAGGAUGGGUUGAGCUCCGGCGGGGCAGGCGGAGCGGCUGGAGCGGGGCGAUCCAGCCGGCGGGACCCGCUCGCACAGCCCCGCGGGGCUCCGGGGGCGGCCGGGAUGACCCCCCGGCGGCCGGCGGGGUCCGGCUCACCGCCCCGCCGCGGGGCUCUCCUGCAGAACGUGCUGGCCAAGGCGCUGUACGACAACGUGGCCGAGUCCCCGGACGAGCUCUCCUUCCGCAAGGGCGACAUCAUGACGGUGCUGGAGCGCAACACGCAGGGGCUGGACGGCUGGUGGCUCUGCUCGCUCCACGGCCGGCAGGGCAUCGUCCCCGGGAACCGCCUCAAGAUCCUGGUGGGGAUGUACGACAAGAAGCAGCAGCAGCAGCCGCAGCAGCAGCAGCAAGCACCUGGCCCGGUGCAGGGGCAGGCACCGCCGCAGGCACCGCUGCCCCAGCCGGCCCUGCCUUACCACCACCAAGGGGGCUUCACCUCGCUGUCACCCGCCUCCCAGUACACCCCCAUGCACCCUGCUUAUGCCCCCCAAGGGGACAACGUCUACCUGAUGCCGGUCCCCAGCAAGGGACAGCAGGGUCUUUACCCGGGCUCGGCACCCACCGGACAGUUCCCGCCUGCCCCGGCUAAGCAGCCCCCCGCCUACCCGAAGCAGACGCCUCCCCACGCCUUCCCCAGCUUGGGCCAGGAGAUCUACCAGGUGCCCCCAUCCCUGGGCCAAGUGGCAGAGGCGUACCCCGCGGGCUCUGCCAGCCCCCCCCAGGAUGUCUACCAGGUUCCUUCCUCAGCUGGUCAGGCUCAGGACAUCUACCAGGUGCCCCCGUCGUUGGACAUGAGGAGCUGGGAAGGGCACAAGCCCCAGGGGAAGGUGCUGGUGCCCACCCGCGUGGGACAAGUGUACGUCUAUGACUCCCCCAAGGGUGAGCAGGAUGAGUACGAUUUCCCUCGCCACCUCCUCUCUGCGGGCUCCCAGGAGAUCUAUGAUGUGCCACCUGUCCGAGGGGGGGGCCCGAGCCAGUUCAGCCAGGAGGUCUAUGACACCCCCCCCAUGGCAGUGAAGGGUCCCAAUGGACAGGACCCAGGGCAGGAGAUCUACGACGUGCCCCCCAGCGUGGAGAAGAACCUUCACCAAACUGUGUACGAUGUCCCCCCCUCGGUGAGCAAGGACGUGCCGGAUGGCCCGGCGCGGGAGGAGACCUACGACGUGCCCCCUGCCUUCACCAAGCAGAAAGGCUUCGACCCCUCCCGCCACCCGCUGAUCCUGGCCCAGCAGGAGCCCUACUUGCCGGAGGAUGUCUAUGAUGUGCCGCCGGCAGCCGGGAAAGGUGCCCCUGAACCGCCGCUCUCCCACGAGAUCUACGAUGUGCCCCCCAGCCUCAAGAAGCUGGGGGGGCCAGCCUUCCCCUCCCAGGAGGUCUACGACGUGCCCCGGGACCUGCACGCCCCCAGCAAGUGCUCCCUGGACGUGGAGGGCGAGUACAUCUAUGAUGUCCCACCGCAAGUGGACCGUGAGGCCAAGGGCACCGACACCAAGCGCCUCUCUGCCUCCAGCACGGGCAGCACCCGUAGCAACAUCUCCACAUCCUCGCUGGACGUGGUGCCUGUGAAGGAGCCAGCCAAGGGAGCCGGCAAGGAGUUCUCCCUGGACUUGGAUGCCGCCAUGGAGACGCUGGCCAAGCUCCAGCAUGGUGUCGGCGGCGCCGUCUCCUACCUCAUGUCCUUCAUCAGCGCCAACUGGCGCAGCCCCGAGCACAUGGAGGCCAAUGCUGCCAGCAUCCGCGGGGCAGCCGAGGGUGUCCGGACAGCCCUCCGGGACCUACUAGAGUUUGCCCGGGGAGCGGUGGGCAAUGCUGCCCAGGCCUCUGACCGCUCCCUCUACACCAAGCUCAGCAAGCAGCUGCAGAAGAUGGAGGAGGUCUACCAGGCCCUGGCACGGCACGGCCAAGCGCUGGAUGCUUGCCACUGGGCCCCGAGCGCCCUGGCCAGUGGCAAGCCAGGCACGGAUGACUUGGAGCACUUCGUCAUGCACUCGCGCGGCGUCCCCGAUGACACCAAGCAGUUGGCCUCCUUCCUGCAUGGGAAUGCCUCCCUCCUCUUCAAACGGACAAAGCCGGCAGCGGAGAGCGGUGGCCACGGGCCCCCUCACCCCUCCGACAAGGCCAGCAGCAUCCAGUCCCGGCCCCUGCCCUCCCCGCCCAAGUUGCUGGCCCAGGAGUCGCCUGACGGGCCCUACGAGAACAGCGAGAGUGGCUGGAUGGAGGAUUACGACUAUGUUCAUCUCCAGGGCAAGGAGGAGUUUGAGAAGACCCAGAAGGAGCUGCUGGAGAAAGGCAACAUCAUCCGGCAGAGCAAGGACCAGCUGGAGCACCAGCAGCUGAAGCAGUUUGAGCGGCUAGAGCAGGAGGUGACACGUCCCAUUGACAACGACCUGUCCAACUGGAGCCCCCCCCAGCACUUUGGCCCAGCACGGGGCGGUGGGACCUUGUGUCCUGCCGACCGCCAGCUCCUCCUCUUCUACCUGGAGCAGUGUGAGGCCAACCUCACCACGCUCACCAAUGCUGUCGACGCCUUCUUCACCGCCAUCAGCACCAACCAGCCCCCCAAGAUCUUUGUGGCCCACAGCAAGUUCGUCAUCCUCAGUGCCCACAAGCUUGUCUUCAUCGGAGACACGCUGUCCCGCCAGGCCAAGGCCCAGGACGUCCAGCACAAGGCGAUGCACUACAGCAACCUCCUCUGCGAGAUGCUUAAGGAGAUCGUGGUGACCACCAAGGCGGCCGCCCUCCACUACCCUUCUCCUGCGGCCUCUCAGGACAUGGUGGAGCGUGUCAAGGACCUUGCCAACAGCACGCAGCAGUUCAGGAUGGUGCUGGGCCAGCUGGCAGCCAUGUGACGGCCCUGGGCUGCCGUCAUCUCCGCACAGCCCCCACCCUGUACCCAGACACCCAUCGCCCUCCACGAGAGCCCUCUCGUCUCGGUGUAAGCAGACAUGUACAUAGAGACUCCUACGCGCACUGGGGGCCUGGGGCUCUGCUGGUAGAGGGGUUGAGGGGCUGCAGCCAUUGUCCCCCUUCCUCUUCCUCCCUCUGGCCAGAGGCCAGACUUGGUUUUGGAGCCGUACCUGUAACAAAGCGAAGCUGGGCGGCAGGUUUGUGCCUGCUCCCUCCCCGCUGUCCUCUCUCCGUAAAAAAAACCUGCUGUUCCUGGUGGCCUGGAGGCCACAGGGCCGUGUCCCCGGUGAAUCAAGACUGCGAUGGGCCUGGCAAUUGGGGGCGAUGCUGCGGCUGCCCUGCUGCUGGGGGGACUCCAGCCCAGUUUCUGGCAGCCAGCAGGGUGUAAUGGUGUGGAAGCCACCCCUCCUGGUGGGACAGUGGGGCAGGGAUGGGUUGUACCUUCACCCCGUGCCCUGGGGGCUGUGCAUAAGUGUCCCCAGGGUGGGGGCUAAGGUGUGACAAGGGGGCUGGGCCAGGAGGGAUCUAACCUGUAUGUUCUCACGUCUUGGGUUUUGCUACCGUACCAGCUGUAACUGAAAUGCAAACCAAAAUUGGUGCCUUUUAAACACA